AUGUAUGAAGAGUUCACAACAAUUGUUGAGCUAGGAUACGAAGCACCUGGAACAAAACUUGAGGUUCGUGUUGUACACACAUGGAUGCCACAAAUCCGUACAUAUGAAACUUGGUUUCUGGCAGUCAACAAACAUGGAGAUGCAAUACAAAUUUUGGGACACAAUAAAGAUCGAGGAUACAUACAAUCUGUUUUUAAACUUUCUAAAUGUUACACGAUUUCCAAAUAUGCACGUGGAGAACUAGACUCCUUUCAAGAAUGGAUGUAUACGUUGUUGUUGGGACGACUGCUUCAAUCAGUGCUCUCCCAGACACGAGCACGAUUCCUAGAAAUUGGUUCCACUUCAUUACCAAAAAACAAAUACCGGACUUUAUUAAUCGCUCCCCAAUCACUAUCCAAAGAAAAUGUCAGCUAUGCAAUCAAUCCAACCUCUUUGAUCACAAUAUCUGGCCCGUUAACAUUGUUGUUCGACAUAAACAAGAAAAGUCGUGGCGAGCUUCUGGAAAGGACAUUUACUAUAAAGGCAUCCAUUGCUAAUAUGACAUUUAUAGACACCUGA